AUGGUUUCAUUUGACCUAGGCUCUGUGGCAGAACAUGCCGAUGGCAAUAGCGAUGGUGGUGAACGACCCUGUGGGAUUUCCCGUGAUAUCACAACGUGCACAACAUUGCCGUUGGGUGCUAGUGUGGAGGAUCUUGACACGUUUUCGGCAAGAUGCCUUGAUGUCCCUUUGGUUGGCUUAGUGAAACACAUGCCUGCUGAUGUUUCCCCAGUGGAAUUUCGUGAGGAAGUUCUCUCGUGGGUCAAUCGGCGGGUGAAGCUGGGUGACAUCACCCGAUGUGACCCACAACAUGCCGUCACAGUUGGAAACAUCGGGGUUUUGGAGCACCAGUUGGCUGACCGGGCCAAGACUUAUGGGAACAUGAGGGUUGAUGUGGAUAUCCUAUCCCAGAAACUGGAUGUUGCCAGCAGGGCCAUGUUAGGCAGGCAGCAGCAGCGUGCAAUGGAGAUGUUCCCUGACAAAAACCCCAGGGAUACUGAAUACUACAAGGUCCAUGCCGGAACAAUCGCAACCUGGAAGAAUGACAAGUUGGCUCCGCACUUGAGCAACCUUCAGGUGUAUGAAAAGAUAACCAAGGAGAUUGAGGGCCAACUUGAGUAUUUACUUCAGUGCGUGGUUGACAGUGCCCAGGGCACUGAGGAAACUGUUGAUGAUGACCUCAUGAUGGAACUGAACUCACUUUGCACGCAGAAGGGUGCUACACCUGACAAGGCCAUACCAAAGCCAGCCUCUGAAGUCAUUGCCAACAAUGCUGAGAUCAACACUCGCCUGGAGGACCACAAGCAGGUGCACAACUUCCCAGGGUUGGAGGUGGUGAAGCCAGAGGCUUCUGAACCUCCCACUCCUCACCUUCGCGGACAUGUGCAAUUGAUGAACCGGCUGGACACUACCCAACUUGAGGCUUGUGUCCAAGUAAAUGGUAAAUCUUGUGCCCUGGAGACUGUCAAUGCUGGUGCUGCGCCGGGGGAAGAACCUGCGCCGGGGGGAGUUGCUGUGAACAGUGGGGAUGCGGAGCAGAACCCACCACCACCACCUACUCGAAUUGGUCCGAACGGACGGGUUGAAACGGAGGAAGGGUAUCAAGCAAGGAUGGCCCAUAACGCAUAUAUGAGGUUCUCUAGGAGCCUACGUCGAACAUUGGUUUGCAUUCAGUGUGGCUGCACUGCACUCAUGUUUUGGUUGAUGGUUUCAGCUAGGUCAGUUGAAGUGUGA